GUCUAUUAUAUGAAGCACUUUUUUGAAUUUUAUAAUAUUGUUCUGUCUGUUUUAUUGUCAUUUUUCUUUUAAAUUCUUAGAAUGAAGGCGCAGUUCUGCACGGUCUUAUUAGUAUGUUCUUUUUCUUCUGCGGUCUCGUUCAGUUUUAAAACGUUAUUCAAUUUCAACGGAAAGCCUGAUCCGAAUGACGGACUCAACACACUACAGUUGAUAAGAAAAGAGGGUUAUUCGGCUGAAGCCCAUGUAGUAUUGACGGACGAUGGUUAUCUCUUGACGAUGCAUCGGAUUCCAGGAAAACCUAAAGCAUCCGCGAUUUUUUUACAACACGGUGUAUUGGGUAGUUCUGCAGAUUGGGUUAUACUUGGAAAGGAGAAAGCUCUCGCUUACUUAUUGGCUGAUCAGGGUUAUGAUGUGUGGCUUGGAAAUUUUCGUGGCAAUACUUAUUCCAGAGCGCACAUUUCUUUGUCCUCUGAUGAUCCAAAAUUUUGGAACUUUAGUUGGCACGAAUCAGGUGUCUAUGAUCUACCAGCGAUGAUUACUUAUAUCGUGAAACUAAAAGAAGACUUUUUGAGAGCGUAUAUUGGAUUCUCCAUGGGUACAACGUGUUUCUACGUGAUGGCUACCGAACGACCGCAAAUAGCAAGACUGUUGCAAUCAGCGUACAGUCUUGCUCCAGUAGUGUUUAUGAAACACGUACAAUCUCCUUUACGGUAUUUAGCUCCGUUUGCAUAUGAUUAUAAGACGAUUUUCUCCCUAUUCGGAGAAGGCGAGUUUCUUCCACAAAAUACUCUUGUAAAAUUCUUAUCAAAAUAUUUGUGUAAUUUUAAUUUUUUGGAAAAAAAAAUUUGUGCUAAUUCGCUGUUUGUUAUUGUUGGAUUCGACAGGGCGGAAUUUAAUUAUACACUGUUGCCAACGAUCUUGAACCAUACACCGGCUGGUACGUCUUCAAAGACCUUGGUUCAUUACGCCCAAGCAAUAAAAUCUGGAGAUUUUAGACAAUAUGAUUAUGGUAAAAAACAAAACAUAAAGAUUUAUAAUAAUACUCAACCACCUAGGUACAAUUUAUCGAAGAUUACACUACCAAUAACAUUGUUCACUGCCAAUAACGAUUGGUUGUCUAAUCCUAUUGAUGUGAUGCAGUUAACCAAUGAGUUACCACAGCAGCCAACUAUAUAUAAAGUGCCAUUUCAAAAAUUUAAUCAUAUAGAUUUUUUGUGGGCUAUAGAUGUACCCACGUUAGUUUAUAAAAAACUACUUGAUAUGAUAUAAGACAG